ACCCACUUUCGGAUUUACUGGGCCUGCAGUGUUUUUGAUCCGUCAAAUUGACUUAGAAUUGAUUCAUCUCUUUCUCCGGUGACUCUUCGCCGAUCACCGGCGAAUUUACGGCGAUUUUUGCCAGAGAGAGAAGAUUUGAAACAUCCAGUAGAGAGAAAAAAAAAAAUGCCUUCACAGAAGAUUGAAAGUGGGCAUACUGACACUGUCCAUGAUGUGGCAAUGGAUUAUUAUGGUAAGCGUCUGGCAACAGCUUCUUCAGACUGCACCAUUAAGAUAACAGGGGUCAGCAAUUCGUCUUCGCAGCUACUGGCUACUAUAAGUGGCCACCAAGGACCAGUGUGGCAAGUAGCUUGGGCUCACCCUAAGUUUGGUUCCCUCCUUGCUUCUUGUUCUUCUGAUGGAAAGGUAAUUAUCUGGAAGGAAGGUACUCAAAAUGAGUGGAGCUUAGCACGUGUUUUCGAUGACCAUAAAGCUUCAGUCAAUGCAAUAGCCUGGGCUCCUCAUGAAUUUGGCCUCUGUUUGGCUUGUGGAUCUUCUGAUGGGAACAUUUCCAUUUUCACAGCAAGAUCAGAAGAUGUUUGGGAGACAUCACGGAUUGAUCAGGCUCAUCCAGUAGGUGUUACAUCUGUUUCGUGGGCGCCAUCAACAGCUCCUGGAUCUCUUGUAGGCUCUGAUCUGCUUAAUCCCGUGCCGAAGCUUGCAUCUGGUGGCUGUGACAAUACAGUUAAAGUGUGGAAGCUGUUUGAUGGAACUUGGAAGUUGGAUUGCUUCCCAGUUCUUCAAAUGCACACUGAUUGGGUGAGGGAUGUUGCUUGGGCCCCUAACUUGGGGCUACCAAAGUCAACUAUCGCGAGUGCUUCUGAAGAUGGAAGAGUGAUUAUAUGGACAGUUGGUAAAGAAGGUGAUCAAUGGGUUGGUAAAGUGUUGAAGGAUUUUGGUGCCCCCGUUUGGAGAGUUUCGUGGUCACUAACAGGAAACAUAUUGGCUGUGGCUGAUGGGAAUAAUAAUGUGACAUUGUGGAACGAAGCAGUAGAUGGUGAAUGGCAACCAGUGACAACAGUAGAUACAUAAAGUUAGACACAUUUAUAGCCCUUGAGUCCAGAAUGUUACAUCAUAUUAACAAAACUCUAGCUAUUUUGC